AAAGGAAAGACCGGAAUCCGUCCAGAUCAGUCGAGUCAGGACUGUUCGACACGACGCGUUAACCUUUAAUCAUCAAACUGUUAAAAUUAAGAGCAUUUUGAUCGUAUUCAAUCAUGUUGGUUAAUUUUGGCACGUGUCUGCUGUUUGUUAUUGGCUCGUUAAUGAGCCGAUCAACUGAAGCUGGGCCAGUUCGCUCACCUCACUCUGGAUCCCGUUACUACGACACAGCCACGAUAGCAACGCCUAACUAUUACGCAGAGGCUCCGAAUUACUACCCCGCUCCAAGCUACGCCAGCACAACAGCUGCACCGAAAUACUACACCCGUGACACUGUUCAGUAUUUCGGGGCGCCAUACUACAAGUCGGCCGAUACUACCCCGUCUUAUUAUUCUCAGUACACCGAGUCUCCGAUAUACUACACUCCAAGAUACGCUACUACACUUGCUUCUAUUUACUACACCACUGAUGCGGCCAAGUAUUACGGAGCUGCAAUGUACUACACAGCGGCUAAACCAAUCUCUUGCGAUGGGUCAAACUACUACACCGAGGCCCCUAAGUACUACCCUACACCAGAUCCUAUUACUAAAAAUGGACCACCCUCCAGCGUGACAUCACCUGCCCUACUGCUUGCUUCACCUACCACUACACCUACCCCGACCACUACUACACCUACCCCGACCACUACUACCCCUGCUCCGACCACUACUACUGUACCAACCACUACUAGCCCUCCUCCGACUACUACCCCUGCUCCGACCACUACUACUCCGACCACAACCUCCGCCGCUAUUAGAACUGGCCCAACGGUAGCCGCUCCGCCCUACUACACCAGUGAAGCAAUCAAAUAUUACGUAGCUCCAGCUCCUCCCCCGUUUUACUACCCGGAUGGAACUUACUACACCGGAACUCCGUCUGCUUCGGAUGACGCUCAUCACUACCUCGAGCCAAUCUAUUCCUCCUUCGUUUCCCCUGGCUAUUACCCUGAGGCUCAUCGUUCAGCCGCAAGCUACUACGAUGCUGAAGCUUACGGACUUCAUCGUUACAGCAAAGUUCAAUCGGGACAAGCACGGGACUAUGCUUCCUAUUACGCGGGACCGUUCAAAUACGUCGCACAACCUGAUUAUGUUUAUGGCCGUGGUCAUUGAACGCAUUUUUUUGGCUCAUUUCUAUCCGUUCGUUUAUCUGUUAUCUACAAACAUUGGUGUACAGCAUCGUUAUUGGCUUGUUUAUAAUUACACACUGAUGAAAUAAAUGGCUGUUGGAACGCAAA